UGCGCAAACGGGUGCGCCCCGGAAGCAGUUCUUUGGCCUUGUGACACGUAGCAACGGAGCCUGUUCAGGGUCUUAAGCCUUAUUGAGGGGUUUUGGGGGGUUGCUGGACCUGCUGACGCCGCUACCGCCGCUUCCCGGUUUGGCGCGGCCUUCCAGGAGUCUGCCCUUUCCCAGAAGGCCCAGGCCUUAUUUUGCAAGGAGACAGUCGCAUUGUCAGCGGCAGUCUGCCGUGAGAUUAUUUGCAAUGGCAGGGUUUGAUAACUUAAAUACGGAUUUCUACCAGACAAGUUACAGCAUCGAUGACCAGUCACAGCCGUCCUAUGACUAUGGAGGAAGUGGAGGACCCUAUAGCAAACAGUAUGCUAGCUAUGACUACUCGCAGCAAGGCCGAUUUGUCCCUCCAGACAUGAUGCAGCCACAACAGCCAUACACUGGGCAGAUUUUUCAGCCUACUCAGGCGUAUACUCCAGCAACACCUCAGCCAUUCUAUGGAAACAACUUUGAGGAUGAGCCACCUUUAUUAGAAGAAUUAGGUAUCAAUUUUGACCACAUCUGGCAAAAAACACUUACAGUGUUACAUCCAUUAAAAGUAGCAGACGGUAGCAUCAUGAAUGAGACUGAUUUGGCAGGACCGAUGGUUUUUUGCCUUGCUUUUGGAGCCACAUUGUUACUGGCUGGCAAAAUCCAGUUUGGCUAUGUAUAUGGGAUCAGUGCAAUUGGAUGUCUAGGAAUGUUUUGUUUACUAAACUUAAUGAGUAUGACAGGUGUUUCAUUUGGGUGUGUGGCAAGUGUCCUUGGAUAUUGUCUUCUUCCCAUGAUCCUACUUUCCAGCUUUGCAGUGAUAUUUUCUUUGCAAGGAAUGGUAGGAAUCAUUCUCACUGCUGGAAUUAUUGGAUGGUGUAGUUUUUCUGCAUCCAAAAUUUUUAUUUCUGCAUUAGCCAUGGAAGGACAGCAACUUCUAGUAGCAUAUCCUUGUGCUUUGUUAUAUGGAGUCUUUGCCCUGAUUUCUGUUUUUUGAACUGAAUUUAUCUGGCAUGUGGACAUCAUUGGGCCAAAAAGGACUUGAACUCUUAAAUUGGACCAGCGAACUGCUACAGUGCAACUCUCAUGCAGACCUAACAUUUGACUGUUGGAGCAAUGGAAGUAAAUAUGUAUCUUUUGUUCAUUUUUAUAGAACUUUUGAAUACUAUGUUGGAUUUAUCUGCAGUAUGACUAGCUUUAAGUAUUUGUGCUUAUACAGAUAAGAUUAAGAAGUGCUAUUUCCUGUUCCUGCAACCUUUGAAAAACAAAUUUUUUCCUUGCAAAUUAUAUUAAGAUGUUUUUAAUAGAUUUUUAUCAACUGUGGGAAACUAACCACAUAAUAAUCUUUCUUAGAAACAACCCAGUCAUAGUUAA